AUGGCGAGCGAUGUAUCCGAGGAGUCGUUCGAGUUCAUCGACACUCCCGCAGCACCAUCGCCUGCACCUGAGACCAAGGAUUAUGGUGUGAGGACGACUUCGUAUCCCGCUAUCAAGAAUGCUCCGUUGCCGGCUGAUGGGCCUGGUGGCGACAGCUUCAACACAACCUUCCUCAUCUUCCUCCUCGCCUUCAUCCCCGGCUACCUUGCAUGGCAAGUCCGUGGCGGUGUGCUAACAUGGCUCUUCCUCGCUCUGCUCACCACGCUGCCAAUCCUGCUCGUUUUCUGGAGCGUCGCUUCGUCUAUGUCUCCACGUCUGAACGAGAAGGCUCGCCUACCUGGCGCACCAGUGGAGCACUAUCUCCAUUUCAAGAGGGACAGCGACCGUCUGAGGUAUAAGGGUAGGAACCGCAUACCUAUGGAGACAUUCCAUGAGAUGUACUUUGCAGGUCUGGUAGACUUCAAGGGCGACGCGCUGGAGGUAAUGGAGUACCGGCACGAUUGGGCAAGCUUCCGAUUCACAGGCAGUCUCUUCUGGUACUUCCUUACCGGCAUGCUACCGGAAGUGAUCAUGCACACCCGCUCGCAGGACGAAGAGCAAGUCCGUGACCACUAUGAUCGUGGCGACGACUUCUACGGCUGGUUCUUGGGUCCGCGCAUGAUCUACACAUCCGGCAUAAUCUCGGACAUCAACACCGAGGAGACGCUCGAGCAACUGCAGGACAACAAGCUCGCUAUUGUCUGCGAGAAGAUUGGACUCAAGCCAGGACAACGCAUGCUGGACAUUGGCUGCGGAUGGGGUACGCUUGCAAAGUUCGCUUCUGCAAACUACGGCGCCUCCGUUACUGGUGUUACACUUGGCCGCAACCAGACGGCAUGGGGUAACAACGGUCUACGGAAAGCCGGUAUUAGUGACGAUCAAAGCCGUAUUCUAUGCAUGGACUACCGCGAUAUCACUGUACCGUCGGGGGGUUACCACAAGGUCACCUGUCUUGAAAUGGCUGAACACGUCGGCGUUCGCUACUUCGGCACCUUCUUGCGACAAGUAUACGACAUGCUAGACGAUGAUGGUGUCUUCUUCCUGCAGAUAGCGGGCGUGCGAAAGUCGUGGCAGUACGAGGACCUGAUCUGGGGGUUGUUCAUGAACAAGUAUGUCUUCCCAGGCGCUGACGCGAGCACGCCUCUAGGCUGGUUCGUAGACAAGCUUGAGGGUGCAGGCUUUGAGGUUAAGGGCAUCGACACCAUUGGCGUGCAUUACUCGGCAACUAUCUGGCGGUGGUAUAGGAACUGGCUUGCCAAUAAGGACAAAGUCAUCGCCAAGUACGGUGACAGAUGGUUCAGAAUAUGGGAGUACUUCCUCGCCUACAGCACCAUCAUCUCGCGCCAAGGAAGCGCCACCUGCUACCAGAUCGUGCUCGUCAAGAACAUCAACAGCACACAUCGCAUCGAAGGUAUUCCGGCUCAGUUCGGCUUGAAGGGGGCGCUCGAGGCUAGCAGAGCGGCGGAGAAGAGCGCUUUCCCGAAAUGA